AUGGGUGAGAAGAUCUUCCUCCUCCUCCUCCUUUCGGUCUUAGGACCGGUAGCAGGUGUCCCUCUGCCUCCAUCAUUACAGGUUUCUAUACCGGGUUUAAGUGAAUAUGAAAAUAAGUUAAACGAGAUUAAGAACAUUGGAAAGUCAGAUCCAGACAAUACCAAGGCUUUACGGGAAGAUGACAUGCUGAUAAGUCCUGGACGCAGUGCUAUGAAAUGUACAGAAUGUCUGUGGCCCAAGUCUGCAAAUGGAAUGGUUGUUGUGCCCUACUCUUUUUCCUCAACUUACAAUGAUUGGGAGCUAAACGUAUUUAAGACUUCCUUCGAGGAAUAUGAAACACUUACCUGUGUGAGGCUUGUGCCCCGGACAACAGAGCAAGACUUCCUCGACAUUAUGUCUUCACAGGGGUGUGUAGCCUAUGUGGGGCGAAUAGGUGGAGGUCAGAUGGUUGGAAUAGCUGGUGGUUGCAUGUACAGAGGAAUUAUACAGCAUGAGAUAAACCAUGCCCUAGGCUUCUACCAUGAACAUAUGAGGAGUGACCGUGAUGACUAUGUCACCAUCAUGUACCAGUAUAUCUCACCAGAUGACGCUCCAAAUUUUGACAAAGAAGACAGCAAUAAUCUUGGUCUGGAGUAUGACUAUGGAUCAGUGAUGCAUUAUGACAACGAUGCCUUCAGUAACACUUCAGGACAACCCACCAUUGUGCCCAAACCUGACCCAAAUGUCCCAAUUGGACAAAGAGAUGGAAUAAGCCCUCUAGAUAUGUCUAAGAUCAACAAACUCUAUCAAUGUGAUGUCUGUGCAAAUUUACUUAAUAAAAACAGCGGAAGCCUGACCUCAGCCAACUACCCAUCAGCCUACCCAAAUAACGCCAACUGUGUCUGGCUCAUAAGAACACCAUCACAACAGGUUGCAUUGAACUUUGUGGCGUUUGAUGUCCAGUCAUCUCCUAAUUGUAUGUCGGACUAUAUUAGGAUUUAUAAUGGACCCACUAAGAAUUAUCCUCUGUUAUUGGACAGAACCUGCGGGACUGGGUUGAUUCCUCCAAUUAUUGGAUCUACUAACCAACUAUUGAUUGAGUUUUCCAGUGAUAGCAGUGUUACUGGGGUUGGCUUCAACGCUGUAUACAGCACAGUGCAAUGUGGAGGAACAUUCUAUAUGCCCCAAGGAUCCUUUACUUCCCCCGGUUAUCCCAAUGAGUAUGGCCCAAAUCUGGACUGCGUCUACACAAUCGCGGCUCCUGCUGGCAAGACGAUUUCCCUGAGCUUCAGUGAUUUCCAUCUGGAGAAUAGUUCUUUCUGCAUAUAUGACAAAAUAAAGUGGCUGGAUGGGACGGCCUCAAGAGGUCCAUUUUGUGGUGACCGUAACCCAUUUGUCAUUAACACUAAGUCCAAUACCAUGAAGCUGACCUUUCGUAGCGAUGGAUUCAAUCAGAAGAAAGGAUUCUCAGCAUCUUAUACAUUUGUAUAACUGAAGGUCUCCACACUCCGGAAAAAAAACAUUUAUCUCCUACAGUUCAUAGAAAUGACUGGACAUCACUCCUGAGGAUAAACUUAUGGGAUAGUCGUCUGUAUUUUCUUUUAAUUUAGCAAAUUAUAGUUAAAAUUAACCUAAAGAUUAAGAAUUGAUUUCAAAU